AAAACUUUCUCAUCCCCGCCAAAGCCCCCUAUCCCUGCUCAGCAUGAAACCUUGGUCUGUACUGUCUGGACUUCACUAGUGACUUCAGCAUGGCCCUAGAAACUGGAAACCAACCGAUCUUACAAUUUGUUAAACGUUACCCGACCUCCACGAAUGAACAAACUCCCUGGACUGGACUUACCUUCACUCUUGAUAUUGGUUCAGAUAUUUUUUGGGAGAAGUUGAAGAAUGCUUACCCAUCAAUAACUGAUCAUAAACAGCGCAAGCACAAGGCUGUUAUCGAAUUUCUGGAAGCUGAACUCCAGGAUAUGAAGAUGAAGGAAAGGCAGCGAGCAGGCGGAACAGUUAACGUCGAGAGCGAAAACCUCACCAGUCCUAAGAGUUUUUCAACUGACUUCUUUGAUGCUCUUGGGAACGAAAGCGGACCAGGGAGUGCAUCACCCCGUAGUGGCACCUCAUCUGCAGCAAGCCCCCAUCAAGAAUCACAGCCUGGGGAUCUUCCUCAAUCCAACCAAAAUCAGGACGUCGGCUCCGGACCGCUACCCCCGCCAACACAGACAUCGUCGGGCCAAACCAUCGUGUUUAGUGCCUACGAUGGUACUACAGUCCAACCAAAAACGAGGAAGAAAAUGACUCUUGAGGAGCGCCGCGCGUAUGCAGAAACGCGCAAGAGAGGAGCAUGCCCAAGGUGCAAGCAAUCGAAAGGAAGAUGCACCCACUUCGAAGAUUCGGCAAACCAAUCAUAUGGAACAUGUACCCCGAAGCCGGGCAUGAAGAGGAAAUAUAAGGGACUCACUCAGUGCAAGUUGGGGCCGAAGAAGGCGCUCAAACUUGAGGAAACAGCAGACUGCCUCAAUCGAGCUCUAGACAAACCGCGACCUGAUACGUGUCCGGGAGUCGCCCCGCAUAAUCUCAGUGAUGCCUUGGUGGUAACCCCUUCCUCGGGCGAUCCGUUUACUGGCGGACCUGGGGGGGUCGAUGGGGCAUAUAAUGUGCCUGACAAACAGAAACCAAUGUACGUACCCAAUCAACCGACAUCGGAGCCGUUUGAAACUCCAAUACCUGGAGAUGAAGAUUCGAGAUGGCCAUAUCCCAGCAACCAGGAUUAUUAUGAUUCCAUAUACCUUCAAGAUGGCUCUAGUGUGACUAGACCGCAUUCUCCACCCUCUCUUCACCAAACCCUGGACCCAAUGAUGUAUAUGCCUUCUCACCUGGAUUCCCAAUACUUGAAUCCUGAUAGAUAAACUGUCCCGACCCUCGUCUGGAAAAUGCCGGUCCCAGCUAGGAUACCAGUCCCACAGGAUCUCGAAACUCAACAAAAAGGAGCUACAUGGAGUAUAAUACCUGUGAAUUUCCCUGUGUGUCUGUGGACCUUAGGCAUACAUGCCAGGAUCUCGAGAGCAUAAAUCCUCAGGAGCCUGUGCCGUGGCCCGCUAGGCGUUCCAUACCGUUCCACUUCUGCCCGUUAGCUGUUCAUGCUCACAUCUGUAUGGGAUCUGUUUGAUUAAGAUAAUUGGCCUUCCACCCUAACCCAGAACCCGUCUUUUGAUCAGUGCAGCCUUUCUACCGGCAAUAGUGCCUUUAGAACACAUUUACAUGGAUGAAGCUCCUGCUAUAAGGCUAUAGUUAUACAACAUCCUCGGGCUAUCGGCUAUCGUCCC